CUCUCUCUCUCUCUCUCUCUCUAAUUGAAAGCCACUCCCACCCACUCCUACCUUCUACGCUCCUUCACUUCCUUACAACACAUAUAUAAUAUUGACCCAAUAUAUAUAUCUCACUCUCUCUCUGCAUUUAUCUUCAGAUAGAGGAAGAAGGUUGGAGAUAGUGGCGAUUGAGUUUCUAUUACUCAACUUCUCUGCUUGUGUGUUAAUGAUGGACAGAUAAAAUGUUUUGGGCCAUGAAUUCACUUAAAUGGUAUCUUCUCUCUUCCACAACCAUACUUAUUACAAUCCUCCAACUACUGUCUCCAUCAUCUUCCUUUAAACAGGAACACCCUUCAGAUUCCACUCAAGGUUUACUAUUUGAAGAUAAAACGAGGUUGGGUUCAACCCCUCCGAGUUGUCACAACAAGUGCAACCAGUGCCACCCAUGCAUGGCAGUCCAAGUGCCGACUCUCCCGGGUCGCGAACGAGUCCAACCGGGUUCAAACCGAGUCAUUCCAGUGGACUACUCUGACUCAUCACCUUCAUCAUCAGCAGGUAACAAGUACUCCAAUUACAAGCCACUUGGUUGGAAAUGCAGAUGUGAUGACCACUUCUACAACCCUUGAUCAGAUUAUAACAAUCAAGCCAGCUGCUCUUAAUUUAUAUAUAUAUAUAUAUAAAUAUUAUUUUAUUUUAUGGAUCUCAAUAGAUGGUUUGUUUUUAUUUGUAUUUUAAUUUGUUUAAUUUAAUUUUGAUUUUUAGACAUGUGAGAUUUUAUUUUAUUUUUAUUUUUUAGAGACGAGAUAUGUUUGAAGGGUGUUAGUGGCAUUUAUUAUUGUGUAUAUACAUUACAGUAAUUGAAAUUUAUAGAGAUUGUGCAGGGGUUGUAACA